GAGAGAGAGAGAGAGAGAGAUACACACACCACCACCCCGUUGUUUCUGUAAUCGAGCGUCGAGCUGCAUGAUUUUCACCUCUGCAAUUAAGCACGUUUGGUGUAGGAUGGGAUUCUCGCUAAAGCUCUCCAGCCCCGUCGCACCCCCCACAAGUUGCUAACGUGUGUGGACAGGAGCAGGAGGCGGGCUUGUUUAUCAAAAAUGACUCGACAUGGCUGUGGCGUUGACUCAACAUACACGGCUUCGCGAACGACACUGGAAGCCAUAACCAGUUGAGAGAGUGAGGCGCAAAUCAUCUUAAUGAAAGUCAUAAGUGGGGUUGGGUGGCCAUGGACCCAUUCAGCCAGCUUAUUCUCACCAUCUCGGUGACCAGUUUCUUCACCUUCCAGUGGCUCUUCCACAAAGUCAGUCCCUGGAUGUCCGUGCGCAUCAGCCCCAGCUUCCUCAGUCUCAGUGACAAGCAGAAGGUGGAAUGGAACUCAAGGACGGUGUCAACGUUUCACGCACUGUUGGUGGGAAUCUUCUGUCUCUACAUCUUGUUCUUUGAUGAUGCCGUCAAUGAAGACCCAGUCUGGGGAGAUCCUACACUGGUGAAGACUAAUGUUGCCAUCACAACAGGCUACCUCAUAUCUGAUCUGCUGCUAAUAUUUUUCUAUUGGAAGGCGAUAGGCGACAAGUUUUUUGUAGUUCACCAUCUGGCAGCGUUGUAUGCUUACUACUAUGUACUGGGCGAAGGAAUGUUGCCUUAUUUUGCUAACUUCCGUCUUCUUGCUGAGUUUUCUACACCAUGUGUGAACCAGCGCUGGUUCUUUGAGGUACUAGGUUAUCCCAAGUCGUCCCGGCCCAACAUGGCGAAUGGUGUUGCCAUGGCAGUAGUCUUUUUCAUGGUCCGCAUCGCCGUCAUGCCCGUCUACUACAUUCGUAUGUAUGUGGUCUACGGCACUGAGGCCUUCUACCUGGUGCCCUGGGGUGGCCGUGUAGCCUGGAUAGGCUCCAGUAUCUGCUUGGACAUCAUGAACAUUAUGUGGAUGCAUAAGAUCGCCCGCGGCUGCUACAAGGUGCUGCGCUCGGCACGCCAGAGCAAAGCCUGCGCGCAUCAGGAGAAUGGGAAGACGGAUUAAGGGAACCGGGGUGUCAGUGGUGAGAAAACACCACAACAGAGACAAAAUGACGUCACUCUCAGUGCAUUGGGGAGCAGCAGCUUGGACAGUUACUGGGACGAGUGAGUGGACCGAAUGUAAUGAGGGAAAUUUGAGCUUUUUUGAACAGUGAGCACAGGCGUUGAGAUGUACCGAUGGACCGUUUAACUGGCCACCCCUAAGCCAUGAAAUGACCUCUUAGCAAUACUCUGUGUGCAUGGCCACUUAUUUUUCUCUUGAACAAUUUACCAAUACGCUCAAGUGUUUGUCCUGGGACAACAGACUGCUAAACCCAACCACAAAUUGUCAAAAAGUUUACCAUUCUUUACAUACAUAGUGUUCAACAAAAGUAAAAUGUUUUUUUAAAAUUAUUAUUACUGCUGCCUGAGUCCCACAAUACAAAUUAUGAAAUAUGAGUCAAUGUUGAUGGUGAUGCAAAUAUUUGAGGGAACCUGUUAAAGUUAUUCACUGAGUCCUCAAUGGUGGUCAGUGCCAUAAGCUCAUUUGUCAGAUGCCUGUUGAGGAGAAGGGUCGAGCGUCUCUUCUUCCUCAGUAAAUCUUGAGCUAAAUUUGCAGGGACUUGACUGACACAAGAUGGGAUUACAUCAAGUGCAAUCACAGAGAAGAAUAAGUAUGGAUAAAUCAGUUCAUCACUCACCCACUGUCAUUCAGUUAAAUCUUUAGUGCGUACAUUUUUAAUAUUAAUGAGCGUCAGUUACAUUCAAGCCAUUGCCAAAUGAGUUGCUACAAAGCUAAUUAAGACUAUCAGCUCCACACAACUCUCUCUGUAUUUGUCAGUAUGGCUAUGUUUAGAAGAUUGUGUCGUCCGGUGACUUUUGCGUGCAAAAACUCAAGAGAAGGUAAUGACCUCUUCUGAAGAGUCCAUCAUGUUUGUUUUAAUCCUCCGUGUCCUCCUUGGCUACUAGCAACUGCGUUAAGGAGGGGGUUAUGCGCGAUCACGGAAUGCUUGUAUCAUGUGGAUGCGCCAACAGUUUUGUUGUCAUUACUUAGAAUUCCUCAUGGGGGAGACAGAAACUACGCACUAUAGCUUUAAGAGGUUCAUUUUAAAAACCAGCCUUUUAGGACGUGUAUUGGAAUAUCACGAGUCUUGUUUGCAUUUGUUGUUGAUUUAUAUAAUAUAGGGUUAAACAGGCAUUGGUACGCUGUAUGUAGUCUGUUUUUUUUUGGUUUUGCUGGGGUCGAGGCAAAUGGGUUUUUAAACGUACAAACAAUUAAAGAUACUGAUUUGAAUAAAAGGGAGACAGAUGUACAGAAUACCUUUAGAAAUGUGGAAAAAAUGGAAACUGAAUGUCAAUGCUCUGUUUGUACGCUGAGAUUAAGCAAAGCAACAACAUUAGUUUUCCUUAAUAUUGAGGCAGAACAGUUUUCAGUCGAUAUUUAAAUCCUAGUGAUUAAAUAUGUAUACAACCUGACACUGUUUUGCGGGAGCUAUCAUAUUUAUUUCACAUUGUGCAAUGCAUGUUAAGGGGUGAAACACAUCUGGAGUGCUGAUUUGAAAUCAGUGUUGCAAACA